AUGAUCAAGGGUGUCAAUGAACACGAUGGAGUCACUGCUUUUUUUGGUGGGAUCACGAAAGUGGGUGCACCGCCAAACGACCUCAGCACAGAGAUCUAUGAAAUGGUCGAUUGGAUGAGUAAAGUAGAGCUUUAUGAGAACCUGGGGCGGACUAAGAAGGAAAGUCGUGUGGGAUAUUAUUGGGAGCAAGCAAGCCCAUCCCACUACCGACAUGUCACGAGCCCUCCAUCUCAAGAGGUUUACGAGCCAAAGAUAAUGGAAGCUUUGAAUCAGGCGCACGCAUUAGGGAUCUGCGAGAACCGCUUAUUGAAUAUUAUCUCUGCCAGUGAGCGAGCAGAUUUUGAUCUGCCUGCACUGGUCACAGAUAUUACCAUCACGAGGCAACCUAGGAAUUUCACACACAGAGAAAGCGCUGACCGACUCAAUGAUGCUGCAAAGACGAUGCACAUUCCAAGAACGCAAAACAUUGGUCAUACUGAGUGUACUUCAACCAUCUGUCACUUUGCAACUAUCGACAGUACGCGUGUUUCCAUACUUCACAAGUGUGCGAGCCGGGGAUGUCGAACGUGGAGUCCAUCCGAAGAGGAUUUCAACCGGCCCGGACCGUACACCUGGUGUAUCAGCAAUGAUGUUCCUCGGCCUGGGCAAGGAAACUAUGCCGCUAUCUCUCACGUCUGGUCGGAUGGAACUGGUUCCGCCAAUGACUCGGUCAAUCGAUGCUUAUUUGAUUACUUCUGCAGCAUUGCAAAAGCCGAGAAGUGCAAUGCCAUUUGGUGGGACGCUAUAUCUAUUCCAAGGGAGACCAAGGCGCGUGCCUUAUCCAUCAGGCGGAUGCAUCGCAACUUCUCAGAUGCCAAAAUUACCAUAGUCCAUGACCUAUACACCGCAACGUACCCUUGGGCAAAUGACGGCAGUCCCUGCAUCGCUUUGGCUCUCUCACCAUGGUUCACACGUGGCUGGACUGCGUUGGAGCUCCUGGUAUCGAAGAAUGUGAAGGUAAUUUUUCAACAUCCCAAUGACCCGAAAAGAUAUGUGAUCAAAGAUCUGGAAACAGAAGUCCUUGCUUCACACCCUGCGUACUGCAGUCGCGGGCACUGGAUUGCAUCAACGGCUAUUCGGCGAUUGCGUCAGAUGAAGAUCCAGAGCGUUACCGACCUUUUACAUCUACUUGCAACUCGAAGUACAACCUGGGAAAGUGAUCGGCUAGUGAUAGCUGCUCUUGUUCGUGGUCUCGACACUAAUGUUCAAGGUCCGGAUAUAAAAGCGGCUUUGACUCGGGAAAUCAUCACCUCGUUCCCGAAAAUUGAUCCUUCCUUCCUCCACCAUGGCUAUUCUUUGCCUCGGAAACAGGGAAUUUUCUCUUGGUGCCCCUCAACUCUGCUCCACGGCGGCAAGCCCUUUGUCUCUCCCGGUUACAACUCCACAGAAUGGCUGAAUGUUUCCAAGGAUGGCACACUUAUCGGCUCCUUCACGAUGAAAAUACUAGAGGAGAAUGACAAAGACAGUCUAUCCGCCUUUGCUCAAGAACCCGCUGCGCGCAGCAGGAUCAAUAUGGCUUUGCGCAAGUGGCGCCAUUGCAUGCUUAUCUGGCCCCGACUGAGUAACGGGAUGCUUAGAGACCCAGCGAUCCUCGUCACAGUAAUUGAAAUUGGGGUUAUACCUCCAAGCCCGACAAACCUGCUUGACUGUAGAAUGGAAGGUACUGUUUACGGUGGCCUGCCCUCAAGUGGAUAUCACGUAUCGGUUCGUUUGGGCAAGACGAGUGACAGUCCUUCAAAAUCUGCACGCGAACUAUAUGACCUGUGGAUUAAGGAAUACCUCAACGUUUGUACAUCGAUGUUGAAUUAA